AUGCAAUAUUUUAGAAUCGACCAGUUUGAAGAACAUGCAAUUGAGAAGGAUGUGGAGCUUAAAAAGGUGACUGUCAAUGAAAACAAGGCAAACGAAACAAUGUUUAAUGCAGACCAGGAUCCCCUUAAAAUGCAGGGAGCCAAUAAAGACUGUGAUAAGCGGAUAAUCAGCAUACAGGCUGUUUAUAAAAUAGAUGUGGUGUACCAGAUCAUCAUAUCAAUUCUAACAUUCGGAUUGUACUUUUUAAUCUGCGAAUUAAGUAGGAAGGCGUACCUAAGGCUAAAAUUCAUCAGUACAAAAUUUGAAAAAGCAACACACGUCAUACUAUUAGACCAGUUUGAACAUAAGGAAUUGUAUCUGGUAGAAAACCUACAGAUACCGAAAGAGAUAAGGCAUACAGUUCUAAUGAAGAGAUAUUCCAAAGGAAAUAAUGGAAUAGCCAAAACAGUAGACACACCUUACACCCGAUUCAUAUUUGACUUCAAAUUGAAUCAAUUCGUGUCACCAGACUAUUCAAUGAAGAAUAUUGAACAAAUGAGCACACUUGAAAGACUAAUAAUAUUUGGCAGGAAUGAAAUUAGGGUUCCCGUUAAAACACCCUUGGAAAUAUUCGAAGAUAACUUCUUUGAAGUAAACUUCCUAUGGGAAAUAAGCGUAGUGAUUGUAUGGAUAUCAAUCCGAUACUACAUAUACGCAGGAGUAACAGGUGCUAUCUACAUGUCACUCUUCCUCAAGAAUACCUAUGAAGAAUACAUGCAUAAUAGCAAGCUUAAACAGGAAAUUUGUUCGACAAAUAAGGUUAAAAUACAUAAAAGGAUUGAGAAUGAAAGAGGGGUUGUGGAAUACAAAGCAGUGAGCUACAAGAACAUAUUCCCAGGAGACAUCAUUUUGAUAGAACCAACAAAGACAUUCAGGUGUGAUGCACUUCUGAUUCAUGGAGACGUAAUAACAGACGAGACAUUUUUAACAGGUGAAUCUGUGCCAAUUUGUAAGGGAACAAAUGACAUAAUUUAUGCUGGAACAAGGGUGAUUCGAAGCAUUUCAAAUGAAUGCAAUUCAAAGCUAAAAACACGUCAUAGCUCCAAAUUGGUGAGAGUCAGAAACCUGAUGGAUGACAAGAAGAAACAGAUUGUUGAGAAGACUGAACCAGAGAGUUUUGAACCAGCUUUGACAACACAUCGUUUUGCUGAGGGAAUCGUUGUGAAGACUGGAAGAAGAACAAAGAGUGGACAGCUGGUGAAAAACAUGCUGAUCAGAAAAAAGCCAAACAACCAGUUUGCCAAUGACUCCUUCGUGAUCUCAAUUUACCUGAUGAUGGCUACAAUCCUCGUUGUAUUGGGUUUUGUCACGUACAUGACUCAAUACGUCCGAUUUGGACUAGCAUGCGUCUACUGCCUUGAUCUGCUUGCCACAGUCUUCUCUCCCUCCCUUGUCACCUGCUACUGCUUCGGAAUUCUACGGGCUAUCUCAGUUUUACGUGGCCUUGGGAUCUCCUGCAAUGACAGAGAUCGAAUUGUGAUUUCUGGAAGUGUUGAUCUUUGCGUCUUUGACAAAACGGGGACACUGACGGAGAUUGGGCUGGAAGUGAAAUGUGUUGAUACGAUCGAUCAGAAAAUACGCGAAGCAGGUGAAUUUGCUCAAGACAGCCUGGCUAAGCUGUGCAUGGCCACGUGUCACCAGAUUGUUGAAAUCAAUGGGGAAUACAGCGGAGAUGUGUUGGAUAUGAAGAUGUUUCUGUUUACAGGUGCAAAGCUGACUGAGACCAGCAAUGGAAUCACAGUCGAAUACGUCAGAAACAGCGCAAAUAAAACACUCCUAAAGGAAUACAGGAAUAGGAAUAACACGAAAGAGGAGCAGGAUUAUAGGGUUCUGGUUGGAGAAUCAAAUAUGGAAGAGAUCAAUUUGGAUGAGUUGAUUGAGACUGAGUACGGCAGAUUCAGAAUUCUACACGUGUUCGAAUUCAACUCCACCUUGAAAAGAAUGAGCGUGAUUGUAAGAAACGAACUGACUGGGAAGCAUUUCGUAUUUUGCAAGGGUGCACCAGAAAUCAUUGCAAAAUGCUCUACGGUGAUUCCAGCAGAAUUCGAUACGAAAAACAAGCAGUUUGGAAUGAGAGGAUACAGGACGGUGGUGCUAGCGUACAAGACCAUUAAAGAAGAUGAUCUUGAUAAGAUGAAGCAGAGUAGGACAAUGGCAGAAGAUGGGCUCAUCUUUCUCGGAUUCCUUGUUUUCGCUAACAACCUGAAGAAAGAGACAAAGGGGGUGAUUCGAGACCUGAAAAAUGCAGGUAUCGCAAGCAGAAUGUGCACAGGUGACUCGAUCCUAACAGCAAUUUCUGUAGCAAGGGAGAGUGGAAUGGUUCCAGUUGAUCUACCAGUCAUCUUUCCAGUUAUCAAUGAGGAGUCUUCUACCAGAAAUACGAAGUUUCUAUUGGAUUCGUUUAGAGAGGAAUUUGACAUUGAAUGGGUUUGUGUGGCUGAUGAUGAUUAUCGAUUUGAUAGGAACAAAUUGGAGUUGUAUUCUGAAUAUGACGACUAUACUGAGAUUGAAUAUGCCUUGGCAAUUGAAGCACGUGAUUAUGAUGAAUUGAUCAAAAUUGAUCAAUAUAGGAAGCUAAUUCUGAAUAAGGGCAUUGUUUUUGCAAGAUUCACGCCUGAAUUGAAGAAGCACCUUGUUGAACAAUUUGAUAACAGAACAACCUUGUUUUGUGGAGAUGGGGCAAAUGAUUCAGGUGCACUCGGUGCUGCUGAUGUGGGACUGCUUCUUUCAGAUGGAUCUAACAAUCUGGUAAGCACAUUCACAGCACAGUCUUUGAAUUCUGUUUUGGAUUUGAUCAAAGAAGGAAAGGGAGCUCUGGUCACUGGGCUCAGUCAGUUUAAGUUUGUAUUCUACAUACAGCUUCUGAAUGGAUUUCAGAUGAUUGCUAUGCUUCCAAAUAUGAAUUUCCCUAGCGAUAGUUGUGGAUUGAUCAACGACUUAAUCAGCUUAUAUGGCUUGGCCAAUCUUCUGGUUUUGUUUAGGAGCAGUACCAGUCUGAACAAAUACAAACCACAGGUCAGAAUCUACAAACAGAUUGGCCACAUUCUGGUUGAGCUGGUUAUGAUACUAUUGGUCUACUUUAUAACAUGCAGAUAUUUCAUGGAGACAACCAAUUUCCCACGCAAAUUGGCUGAUCUAAAUUCACCUGAGGAAAUUGCAGAAAAUCGAGUCAACGAGAAGUCAAACCAGGCCUCUCUUCUCUUUUACAUCACAAUGUGGUUGUAUUUGGUCAAGGUCUGUUUCUUCGCAAAUUACGGUGCAUUCAAAGAGAGUAGAAUCAGAAACACCAAAUUCAUUGCAUUCCUCGCCAUUUCAUUUGGAGUGAUGCUCUUCUUGUGCUGUGACAAUUUAUUCGACUGGAAUAUUCUGUAUGAGAAGAUUGAACUAGUGAAACUGACAGGUAAUGAACUAAUUGUGUUUGGGGUGGUAUUUAUCAUAUGCACUGCUAUUACACUAACAUUCAACUGCAUUGAUACAAAUAUCAUAGUAACAAGUCAUUGA